AUGUUGGCUAUUCAUCUGGUUUCUAGAAGCUGAUAAGAAGAUUCAAGAUGAGAACCAACAAAGUCUACAAGCUUGUAAUACAUAAGAAGGGCUUUGGAAAUAGCGAUGAUGAGCUUGUGGUUAAUCCCAAAGUGUUCCUUCAAAUCAAGUUGGGAGAUAUUGUGGAAAUUGCACACCCCAACGAUGAAUACAGCCCUCUGCUUUUGCAAGUCAAGUCUCUAAAGGAAGAUUUACAGAAAGAAACUAUAAGUGUUGAUCAGACCGUUGCUCAGGUGUUCCGAUUGCGACCCUACCAGGAUGUGCAUGUGAACGUUGUUGAUCCAAAGGAUGUGACCCUUGAUUUAGUGGAGCUGACAUUCAAGGAUCAAUACAUUGGGCGUGGGGAUAUGUGGCGGCUAAAAAAGAGCUUGGUUGGUACAUGUGCUUACGUUACUCAGAAAGUGGAAUUUGCAGGUAUCCGGGCUCAGGCAGGCGAACUGUGGGUUAAAAGUGAGAAGGUCACAUGUGGCUACAUCACUGAGGAUACACGGGUGGUAUUUCGUUCAACCUCUGCCAUGGUUUACAUCUUGAUUCAGAUGAGCUCUGAAAUGUGGGAUUUUGACAUCUAUGGGGACCUUUACUUUGAGAAAGCAGUGAAUGGCUUCCUUGCUGAUCUCUUCACCAAGUGGAAGGAGAAGAACUGCAGCCAUGAAGUGACAGUAGUUCUCUUUUCUAGAACAUUCUAUGAUGCCAAGUCCAUAAAUGACUUUCCAGAGGCCCAGCGUUCCUCAAUUCGGGAGGAUCAUGAAGGAAGAUUCUAUGAAGACUUUUACAAGGUUGUGGUUCAGAAUGAAAGACGAGAGGAAUGGACAUCGUUGCUUGUAACCAUUAAAAAACUUUUCAUUCAGUAUCCUGUUCUGGUGCGAUUAGAGCAGGCAGAGGGCUUUCCUCCAGGCUAUAAUUCUACCUCUGCUCAAGGAAAUUAUUUGGAGGCCAUAAAUAUCUCUUUUAACGUGUUCGACAAACAUUACAUAAACCGAAAUUUUGACCGAACUGGGCAAAUGUCUGUAGUCAUCACGCCUGGAGUGGCAGUCUUUGAAGUGGACCGGCUCCUCAUGAUUUUGACCAAACAGCGCAUGAUAGACAAUGGAAUUGGGGUAGAUUUGGUAUGCAUGGGAGAGCAGCCACUCCAUGCUGUGCCACUCUUUAAGCUGCACAAUCGCUGCAGUCCUGGAGAUUCUCGCUUGGGAGAUGAUUAUAACAUACCGCACUGGAUAAACCACAGUUUCUACACCUCCAAAAGCCAACUUCAGUGUAACAGCUUUACUCCACGGAUAAAACUGGCAGCCAGGAAACCGCAGAGUGAAAAGGUGAAAAGCAGCAGGGAUUCUUCUUUAGGAGCACCUAAAGACACAGAGAAUGCUCUUCCCAUUCAAGUGGAUUAUGACGGUUAUGAUGCCCAAGUUUUCCGCCUCCCUGGCCCAUCCAGAGCCCAGCGUUGUAUCACCUUCAGGUCUGUGCGAGAGAGGGAGAGCCGUACCCGGAAAAGCUCCAGCUCCUUUGAUGUCUCAUCUAGCCCUUCCAUGCAGAGCCGUCCCCUGCCCCCAGAAGAAGUGAGGAGCCAGGCUUCUGAUGACAGCUCCCUGGGCAAGAUAUCCAACAUCCUGAUGAUCCCACGGCCUCACUUGCACCAGUAUGAAGUCAGCAGCUCUUUGGGCUACACCAGCACCCGAGAUGCCCUGGAGAAUAUGUUGGAGGCUCAGCAGCGUGAUUCCAGUGCACCUGGCAGGUUUCAUGUAGGCAGUGCUGAAUCCAUGUUGCACAUCCGUCCUGGUGGAUAUGCUCAACAGCGGGCACUUAUAAACCCCUUUGCACCAUCUCGCAUGCCCAUGAAGCUCACAUCCAAUCGAAGGCGCUGGAUGCAUACUUUCCCCAUGGGUCCCUCUGGAGAAGCCAUCCAGAUCCAUCACCAGACUCGUCAGAAUAUGGCAGAGAUGCAGGGCAGCGGGCAGAGAGAUUGGACACACUCCUCGGCCGAGCUGUUGGAGCUAGCCUAUCAUGAGGCAGCUGGAAGGCAUGUAGUUUCUCGACAUCCAGAUGACAGCAAUUCUUUCCUGAGCUUCAGUGGAAUGGAAGAUUAUUCCAACCAGAUGAUCAGCAGCAAUGGAAUGACUGUCCGAAACCAAAACAAGGAUUCCAUGAAAGACACAGUUUCGAAUGCUGCUGAUCCAAUUCUGACACUGUCUGCUCCCCCUGUAGUGCCAGGCUUCUGUUGUACAGUCGGGGUGGACUGGAAGUCUCUCACCACUCCAGCAUGCCUCCCCCUCACCACCGAUUACUUCCCAGAUCGUCAAAGUCUACAGAAUGACUACACCGAAGGUUGUUAUGACCUACUUCCUGAGGCUGAUCUUGACAGGAGGGACGAGGAAGGUGUUCAGAUGACUGCCCACCAGGUGUUUGAGGAAUUCAUCUGCCAGCGUCUCAUGCAAGGUUACCAACUGAUUGUGCAAAGCAAACCACAGAAGCCAGCUGCAGCUGUCCAGCCCCCUCUCAGCAGCAGCCCUUUGUAUAGCAGAGGACUUGUGUCACGAAAUCGGCCUGAGGAGGAAGAUCAGUACUGGCUGAGCAUGGGCCGGACCUUCCAUAAGGUGAUCCUGAAGGACAAAAUCAUUACUGUCACUCGCUAUCUACCAAAGUAUCCUUAUGAAUCUGCUCAGAUCAACUACACCUACAGUUUGUGCCCUUCCCACUCUGACUCCGAAUUUGUCUCCUGCUGGGUGGAGUUCUCCCAUGAGAGGCUGGAAGAAUAUAAGUGGAAUUACUUGGACCAGUAUAUCUGCUCUGCAGGUUCAGAGGAUUUCAGUCUCAUUGAAUCGCUGAAAUUCUGGCGUACCCGCUUCCUUCUAUUGCCAGCCUGCGUCAGUGCCACAAAGCGCAUUACAGAGGGUGAAGCCCAUUGUGAUGUAUAUGGUGGCAAGCCCCGCUCAGAUGAGGAGGAAUGGCAGCUUUUGGAUGGCUUCAUCCGCUUCGUGGAGGGGUUGAACCGUAUUCGCAGGCGUCACCGAUCAGACAGGAUGAUCCGGAAAAAUGCAGUGAAAGGCUUACAAAUGGUGGGUCCACUCUCCACUCAUUCACUGGAACCAUCUGGACCUCCUCCUGUUGGCAAGAAAGGAACCUCUGCCCUUUCAGCUCUCUUGGAAAUGGAAGCUAGUCAGAAGACUCUGGGUGAACAGGCCGCAGUGGCUGGAAAAGGCUGUGUCCAGCAAUCAGAGAGUGGCAGCGUAGCCAUUACACCCACCUAUGUGGAUAGUCCACGCAAGGAUGGGACCUUCUUUAUGGAUUUUGUUCGGAGCCCACGUACGGCAACUACCUUCCACUCUCAGGUCUCCAUUGAUCAGAUUGCUCCUCCAGUCCUAGAAGGCAUCAUGUUGAUCAACUCAGGACAGUCCACAGACCGGAGCAACACUCAAGCCUUUGCCAGCUCCCAGAUAGUAGGUGACCAGGGAUCUUCUGCAUCUGGUUCCAUUGAGAACAGCUCUCAGCAAUUUUCUGCAGGCUCCCUAACAUCAUCAUCUACUUUGAUAGAGAUCCUUGAAGCCAUGAAACACCCCACUACUGGGAUCCAGUUGCUGUCAGAACAGAAAGGUCUCUCACCCUUUAGCUUCAUCAGUGCCGAGGCAGUUCACUGGCUGGUGAACACAGUGGAAGGAGUGCAGACCCAGGCUAUGGCCAUCGACAUCAUGCAGAAGAUGCUGGAAGAGCAGCUGAUCACCCAUGCCUCUGGAGAGGCUCUGCGCACCUUCAUCUAUGGGUUUUACUUCUACAAGAUUGUAGCAGACAAGGAGCCAGAACGAGUGGGAAUGCAGCAGCCCACCAUGUGGCACACGCCAGCAAUGGAUGAUUUUUCUGCUUUCCAACGGAAAUGGUUUGAAGUGGCCUUUGUAACCGAGGAGCACUUGCACUCAGAAAUCCCAGCCUUUCUUCUUCCUUGGCUGCCCAGCCGCCCAGCCUCAUAUGCCAGCAGACACAGCUCCUUCAGCCGCAGCUUUGGAGGACGCAGCCAGGCAGCUGCACUGUUAGCUGCCACAGUACCUGAACAGCGGACAGUGACACUGGAUGUGGACAUCAACAACCGAACGGACCGCCUGGAGUGGUGCAGCUGCUACUACCAUGGUAGUUUCUCCCCCAAUGCCGCCUUUGAGAUCAAACUGCACUGGAUGGCUGUAACGGCCGCAGUUCUCUUUGAGAUGGUUCAGGGCUGGCAUCGCAAAGCCACGUCCUGUGGUUUCUUACUAGUUCCAGUCCUGGAAGGUCCAUUUGCACUGCCCAGUUACUUGUAUGGGGACCCCCUUCGAGCACAACUGUUCAUCCCACUCAACGUCAGCUCACUGCUGAAGGAGGGCACUGAGCACCUCUUUGAUGGCUUUGAACCAGAGACUUACUGGGAUCGCAUGCACCUUCUCCAAGAGGCAAUUGCAUAUAGAUUUGGAUUUGUACAAGAUAAGUAUUCUGCUUCUGCAUUCAACUUCCCUGCAGAAAACAAGCCCCAAUAUAUCCAUGUCACUGGGACUGUGUUUCUUCAAUUGCCAUACUCGAAGCGGAAGUUCUCUGGACAGCAGAGACGACGGCGCAAUUCUACCAGCUCCACCAAUCAAAAUGUCUUCUGUGAAGAGCACAUUGGCUACAACUGGGCAUACAAUACCAUGCUGACCAAGACAUGGAGGUCCAGUGCCACAGGGGAUGAGAAAUUUGCUGAUCGGCUGCUGAAGGAUUUCACAGACUUCUGCGGGAACAAGGACAACCGACUUGUCUCCUUUUGGACAAGCUGUCUAGAGAAGAUGCACGCCAGUGCACCCUGAAGGACAGAACUUGAAUUAGGACCAAGAGUAGUGAAAGAUUAAAGAGCAUCUUGAGAAGCCUGAUCGGGAUAUUGGAAAUAAGAGAUAUCAGGAUGCCGUGGCCAGUGGAGUUGGUGUCUUAUUAUUACACAGAUGCUCAGACAGGCUCCUUGCUUGUCAUGACUCCCAUCAAAUGGAGAGGAGAAAAGUGGCAGUCUGGGAUAGAAGAAAACUGGUAGCUGUUUCAAAAUCAUGAUUAAAAUGCUUCCAGCCCUCUGCAGUGUUCAUGGUUUUGUGUGCAUAUGUAAGAUACUUCUUAUUCUCUGUAUGUAAAUGUGCAAAAUAAAAAUACACAAAAUAA